AUGUCUUCUAAUAUUGUUCUCAUCACAGGCGCCAAUCGUGGGAUUGGAAAAGGGGUGCUGGAGCUGUACUUGAAGAAGCCGAACCACACCGUGAUCGCCGCAAACCGCGACCCCAACCAUCCAACCUCGAUUUCCUUGACAGAUCUCCCGAAAGCAGAAGGAACCACCUUAGAGGUGGUCAAAUUCGAUGCUUUGUCUCCUACAGACGCCGGUGCAGCGGUCAAGGAAUUAGCUACUAGGGGAAUUACUCAUAUUGACAUUCUGAUCGCCAACGCCGGAAUCGCCCUUUCUUGGCCAAAGGUAGCUGAGGUGAAGGUGGAACAUAUUCAAAAGCACAUUGAUGUCAAUAUUUUCGGGUUUGUUCAUCUUUAUCAGGCUUUACGGUCUGUCCUUGAGGAGGCGGCUGCGCCCAAAUGGGUAACUAUUGGCUCUGGUUCUGCUUUUUUGACGCUUCUGGCUCUCAUCGCAACCACUAAAGCCAAGGCCUGGAACUUUAUUCCCAUGCAGAAUGCAGCAUAUGCACCCACAAAGGUCGUUCAGCAUUGGUAUACCAAGGCAAUCUCCGUUGAAGAUUCUUGGUUGAACGCAUUCUCUAUUGAUCCAGGCUGGGUUCAGACUGCUAUUGGAAAUCGAGGCGCCAAAGCUUUUGGGCUUGAGGAAGCUGUCAUUACCGUGGAAGACAGUGCUGCUGGGAUGGUUAAACUCAUCGAUGCAUCUACCCUGGAAACCCACAGUGGAAAGCUGUACAAGUUUGAUGGCAAUGGUGUCGUGGAGGAACCUUGGUAA